UGGCCAACUACGUUGACAACAUGUGUGAAAACUUUCGGUCCGUCAACGUACUUCAUUAAAAUCAGGCAAAGCGUGAAAACCUUCCGAAGUAUUUUUCCUAUAAGGCGGGUGCGGUAAAGUCGUUCUUUUCGUUCGCGGUCGUGCGUUAACGAAAAGCUGAUGUCAACCUGGUGAUUAGUUUUUCGCGCUCUACCGAGAUGCACUUGGACUUGUAAAAUAUAUAAUUGAUAGUUUUGAUGAUUUAGAUUUUGGACGGAUUGGAAGAAAGAUUUUUAGACCGUCAGAGAAAUAUUGUCCAAUUUCUGUUAGUUCAGUGACUUAAAAUGCAUCACCAACAACAAAACGGUAUAAGUGCGCCCAUGGACAAUACCUCAGUGUCGUACCAUUCGCAAUUCAGUUACGGUGCAAACGAUAAUUGGACUUACACCACUCCAGCUGUGACUCCUAUGAAACAAAUCGAAGCUUGUCUGCAAAGCGCAGGAAAAGACAGGAAGGCGUACUCUCCUUUAGAUCAAGCAGAUGCCUUAUCAUUGGAACAAGAAAAUGAGAGGCCAGAAAAUAACAAUAGGAAUAAUACACAUAACAAAAAUCACAGUAUAUCCGCAGCUACGUCACCAGCUCUUUCCAACGCCAGCGCCAUCUUAGAAAUGAAACAUCUCUGGGAUGAAUUCUACUCGCUAGGAACCGAAAUGAUUGUAACAAAGGCUGGAAGAAGAAUGUUUCCCACUUUUCAAGUGAAACUUUGUGGCCUGGACUUACAUUCUGAGUACAUGCUAAUGAUGGAUUUCGUGCCGGUGGACGAUAAAAGAUACCGAUACGCAUUUCACAGUUCUAGUUGGGUGGUAGCUGGUAAAGCAGAUCCAGUGUCACCGCCAAGAAUCCACGUCCACCCUGACAGUCCUGCCACUGGAGCUCAAUGGAUGAAACAAACAGUGUCGUUCGAUAAAUUGAAAUUAACUAAUAAUCAAUUGGACGAUAAUGGCCACAUUAUUCUAAAUUCAAUGCACCGCUAUCAGCCAAGGUUCCACGUGGUGUAUUUGCCUCCAAAAAACACUCCAAACUCCGAAGAGAAUAGCAAUGAAAAUUUCAAAACUUUCGUAUUUCCCGAGACAUCGUUCACUGCAGUCACGGCCUAUCAGAAUCACAGGAUAACGCAGCUGAAAAUAGCCAGCAAUCCCUUCGCCAAGGGUUUUAGAGACUGCGAUCCUGAUGACGGUACGCCAGAAGUUCCUAGUCCCUCAUCAAGCUCACAACAAAGACAACGCACGCCAUCUAGAUCGACUCCAAACAAUUGCGGAGCAAAAGAUGAGGAAACAUCCGACAAUCACCCCACUCCAGCUCAACAACACCAAUCAGACUCGUUGCACAACCCCCACCACUCGAUGAUCUUCCAAAACCGUUAUCAGGCGACCAAUCAAGCGACCAGCCCUUCUCUACUACAAUCGAACAUACUCAGUGCCGGACUAAACUCAAUUACCCAACCGUAUUCGGCUGAAAUUUGCAAUUACGGCCCUGUUUAUCAUCCGCAUAAUAUUUUACACAAUUAUAAUACCGUUUAUAGUAAUGAUAAGGGGAUGAGAUCUCCGAAUUUUGCUAGAGGGAUGUAUGGAGGUUAUCAGGGGUUUUAUGCUAAUAAUGGGAAUUUUAGGAGCGCUACUUUAACAGGAACUCAUCAGAAUGGUUAUGAUUUUACUCCAAGAUAAAAAUGUUUUUUGACUAUACAGUUGUAAAUAUGUAUUUAAAUAAAUCCUUUAUUUAAAAAAAUAAUUCUCAUACAACUGACCAAAGAAGUAUUAUGUAUAGAGCUGAUUUCAUCAUUUCAUGUGUAAAUAAAGCGUUAUUAAAAACAAUAAAAUGGCUGCCAAAGUUGUAAAUAUCUAGAUUUUGAUAAAUUGCUGUAGCUUAUAGUGGAAUAAAUAAUAUUUCAUCACAAGAAUUUUAUUGUAUAUUUUACUGUGUUACUAGGUUUAUAGAAUUCUUAUAAAGAUGCCAAAAACUAUUUUGAAAUUUUAUUUUUAAGGUUUUAUUUGAGUUUAAUGCCUGUAUUUUAAAUAUAGUUAAUAAUGUUAAGAUUGAAAAUUUAUUUAUUUAUUAAAAUAGAUAAUCUUAUGUACCUAUGUAUUUUGUUGUUUUAUUUCAAAAAGGCAAACAUCUAAUGAGUUUUAUGAUUUUGAGGAUUUAAGCAAAGUGAUAAGGGCUACUUUGUAACUAUUCAAUGAAAUAGCACAGGUAUUUAUUUUUAUUCCAAUCAUAUCAGGUCAUAAUUGAAGCUAAAACUUUU